AUGAGAUUUAGCCGCCAGAUUCUGGUUUCGGGGGUAUCCUUGGCAUUUGGUGCUGUGUUGGGUACAGGGCUGACUAAAUGGAGACUACAAGACAAGUCUGGAUCUGAUUCCCUAUAUCCAAUCGUACAGGCGGCAUCGGAGGUGUCCCUCCCCCCUGUUUCUGGCAUCACUCGAUUUGGAUUGCCAGGCUUCAGCCAGCUUAAGAGUCGCCAGUCCCACGUCCUCAGCUAUGACCCCAGACUGCGUGGCCCAACGUGGGUUCUAGAACAACUGAACGGUGAGUGCAUACAGGGCGCAGCUGACCGGCGGAGCUGUGACUUCAGAGAAGAUGAAUCUGUACAUCCUUAUCACCGGGCCACAAACUCCGACUACAAGAGAAGUGGAUAUGAUCGGGGACACUUGGCGGCAGCAGCCAAUCAUAAGUGGAGCCAGCAAGCCAUGGAUGAAACUUUCAUACUCAGUAAUGUCUACCCGCAGAAUCCAAAUCUCAAUCAGAGUGCCUGGAACAACCUGGAGCAAUACUGUCGAUCACUAACCAAGAGUAAUAGGAAUGUGUAUGUGUGCACUGGUCCCCUAUUCUUACCCAAGAUGGAAGCAGAUGGUAAAAUGUAUGUCAAGUACCAAGUGAUUGGUACCAACAAUGUGGCUGUCCCAACACACUUCUUCAAAGUAGUCGUCCUGGAGAAAUUCAGUGGGGAGAUUGAACUUAGACCCUACGUUAUGCCAAACUGUCCUGUAGAUGAAAAGAUCCCCCUGGAGCGCUUCUUGGUGCCCAUAGAGAGUAUUGAGCGAGGUGCCGGCUUGCUUUUUGUUCCAAACAUUCUCAAGUCAACAAAUAACUUAAAAGCCAUCACUCCUGGUGGCAGAUGA